GCUGCAUAACAGUCGGUCUCCUGUUUUGUUGUUUGUAUUUUCAAAAUUUAUCAACAGUGAUUUCUUUUUUUUUUUAUCUCCCAACCGUAAUAAACUUCCCAAUGUUGGUGUUCAACUAUCCAUAAACACAAACACAAGCUAUGAGUGGAAACGGUGUCAACUUGCACGAUUUGCGGUUGAAACUUUUCGGCCCAACGCUGGACGAUUCCGUGCUCUACGGAGUGGAUCGCAUGAUUGACUGCUUUCGAAGGUGCAAAGAUACGUCCGGAGUGCCGGUCCGGAGUGCCAGCUUCUACCGGUCCUGUGAAACUUUACCCCCGCUCGAGCCGAACACUCCCUCCCCUUCAACCUUCGAACCACCAGCAGCGAAGCUUUCGCCCGACGAGAUGGAUCUUAUCAUUGACGCAAUUGUUCAGUCUCGCCGGCAGAACGGUCAACGGUAUGCGCGGAAGGUGAACGCAGCACCGGCCCGGAGAGUCAAACCGUCGGAGCCGCGACUACGCGAAACCCGGUGGGCCCUGGCGCGCAUCAACGAGUUUGACGAUGGUGGCAAAACUUACGAAAUUAUGAAGCCACUAGACGGGAGCAGGCUGCCAACGGGGACGUCGGUGUCGACGGAUACGGAAAUUGUUUUCGCCCUGCUACAAAACGGCACCACACUCACGUACCGCAUCCAGCCAGGGGAAUCGUUGGACCGAGCACGAUUAAGAAGAGCAGAGAGUCGCUGAUUGUGCGUAUUUUAUUUUGUACCAUUUUGUUGCUUCUAUAUUGUUGCUUUUGUCUCACACACUUACUCAAAAACAGGCAAGCCAAGCAAUCAAAGUACAAAUUGUGUAGAUACUGCUUCACCGCUUUUUGUGUGUCCCAGACCUCACUGUUUCAACUUCAACUCGGUAGGUUCUUUUUUGUCCUAUGUGAACGGGUCUGAUCCUUCACGAUCAACCAAACGCCAGCAAAUGGGAUGAAAAUGAUAACAACAUUCAAAACCCAGUCGUGCGCAAUAGACAAGCAGACAGUGAAAUGGGUUGUUGCCGAGGCAUCCUGUCGAUGAUGUUGGUUCCAAAACGUCCAAACUGGAAACUUACUAACUUACUCCUCUCAUCUCUUCCACACACACACACACACGCUCUCAAUGCACUGCUGAAAAUCCAAAAAUUUAAUCUCCAAAAGUGAUAAGCUCGGUCGAAACGCA